AGGCCGCUGGAAGGAGCGGCCCGCGCAAGGCCACCGUCAAGCAGGGCGGGACUUUCGACGACUACGAGGAUCCUCUACGUUGGGGCUUCGUCGGCGAUGGCACCGAGCACAGGGCGAACCUGACGACGCCCGUGGUGCACGAGAACCCGCAGUGCGUCGUGAAGGCCAUCGCCAUGCACCGCCCCACGCACGAGCCGUGGCGGGAGGAGACCGGGGACUACCCGUUCGCCUGGCACCUGGCGGGGCGCAAGCGCACCUUCGAGAUCCGCCUGCAGAUGCGAUUGACCGCGCCGCCGCCGCCGCCGUGCGCUCCCGCACGGACGAGUGAGGCUCGCGCCGCGCCGACGAGGCGGCGAUCCCCGUGCGGGCGCUGCAGGCCGAGCGCCGCCAGCGGCCCGCCAAUCGACCGAUACCGAAGGGCGCCGCGCGGUCUGCAAGCCGCGGUCGUUCCGGGUGGCAGCGGCCCGAAGAAUCAACUCUCUAGCCAUUUUUGUCGCCCGUGACGGAAGGUCACCGGUGCCAUUGGAAGGUCAUUCGAUUGCGCGCUCGCGUGGUGAUUCAUGGAGUUUGGGUUCUCUGGCGCGGAAGACCCGAAUAAUCUACAGGCAAGCCGUCGGGACCCGCACGGCCAGCCGGCUGCCGAGAGGGGAGCAGCCCAGCCCUGGGGGCCUGAGGCGGCCCCGGGCGGAGGCCACCGCGAGCGGUGCGCACUGCGAGCGCGAGGUGCAUCUCGAGAGCGGGCCCGGGCGGGGACCGCACCCGGGGCACGGUCGUCGGGCUCAGCGACCCACGCAGCCAGGGGUCGGCCGGAACGGCUUUUGUUGGCGACCUCGUGGGCCGUUUUCGUUUCGAUCUCGUUUUGCAGCACAGGCGGACGGAC